CAAAUAUUUUUCAACAAUCAUUUUUUCAAAUGACAGAAAUUGGGAAUUAUUUAAUAGGGAAGACCAUUGGACAGGGCACUUUUAGCAAGGUUUGCUAAGCAAUCAAUCAAGUGAUAGGUCAUGAAGCUGCAGUGAAGGUACUUGAAAAGAAAUGCAUCAAUUAAGAAGGAGAUGUAGAGCGAGUGAAAAGAGAAAUUCAAAUAUUGAAAGUUCUUCAUCAUCCAUAGAUUGUGAAACUUUACGAGGUAAUUGAGACAGAAAACCAUAUCUAUUUAUUCAUGGAGUAUGCAAAUGGUGGAGAACUGUUCGAUUACAUUGACAGAGUUAAAUAAGUAACAGAAUAUGAAGCAUGCAAAUUCCUACAUUAAAUCAUUUCAGGGUUAGAGUACAUGCAUAGUCUAAAGAUUAUCCAUAGGGAUUUGAAACCUGAGAACCUAUUGCUAACAAGCGAUAGAGACAUCCUCAUUGCUGAUUUUGGUUUGAGCAACCUUCAAAAGGAUCUGCUGAAGACUUGUUGUGGGAGUACUUGUUAUGCAGCCCCAGAGAUGAUACAGGGAGAACCUUAUGAUGGACAAAUGACAGACGUAUGGAGUUGUGGCAUUAUUUUAUUCGCCAUGAUAUGUGGUUAUUUGCCAUUUGAUGAUCUAAAUACUCAGAAUCUGUAUUAGAAGAUCACGAAUGCUGAGUUCACUUUUCCAAAACACAUUUCAAUGGAUGCCAAAGAUCUGUUAAGGAGGAUUUUAGUGGUUGAUCCAUAAAAAAGAUAUUCAAUUUAGUAAAUAAAAAGACAUAAGUGGUGGCAAUUAUGGAAAAGAGAUAAUCCGCCAAUGUCAGUAUUCAAGGCCAGAUGUAUUACAAUUCCUUGUUAAUUUUUACCAAAUAGUCCUUAUAAUGAAGAAAUACCAAAUCUACCUAAAUGUUCUCCCAGGAAUGCUAAAUCACCUUAUGCAAGAUCACCACUCACUAAGUCUCCCAAUACUAAAUCCACUACAUCUAAAAUAUCUAAUUGUACAUAUAAAUAGGUUUAUGACAAAAGUAAAUUGAGAUAAACACCCUCUAAAUCAUUGCAUGAAUCUACAAACAAUAACAAUUCUAAAAAUAACAAUAAUAAUAACAAUAACAAUAACAAAUAAAAUAUCUUUAUUAAAUAACAAAAUUAAUAUGCUUUUUAUAAUAAACAUAAGAAAUAACCUUCUGGAUAAUACUCAACUUUGAUGAAAUAAACCAAGUUCUAAAAAGUUGUUUAGAGUAUGCAUGAAAAUAGAAAUUAAAAAUUGCUUUCAAGUGCAACUCCCCAUAAACCUUCCACCAAACAUUUUUAUUCCCACACUAGAAAAGUUAGCGAUUUAGUGAGAUCUAAAUUUUAAAACACCUUAAAAAUUGAUGAAUCUUAAUCCACUAAAAAUAUUCUUUAAAGAUUGACUUCUGGUUUGAACAGUCUCAUAAAUUCUCCUCGGUAACCAAUCAAUAUUCGAGGAAUUGAAUAGCACAAUGGUCCCUACCAUUUAUCCUUGAUAACCAAGAAGCAUCCCCAAUUAUUCAUAGAUAUGAUCCAUAACUAUUUGAAAAUGCAUUAUCCAAUAAUUAUUUACGAGAAUUAUUCAAUCUCAUUAAAAUUGGAAAGUGACCAAUUACUUGAGGUGAAAUUGAAAAGAAUCGAAUAAAUAGAUGUGUAUUAUUUAGAUGUUAUCCAAUAACACUAUAAUUUUUCUGAACUCCAAAAAUUUGUCUAAGAGUUACAAUUGCACAUCAAAUUUUGA